AGAGGUCAGGGGGGAAGAAAAGCGGAACGAAAAAUACAAAAAAGGCGACACACGAUACCGUUUUUAACAAAUCUAGGGCACCAAAGAAGCGGAAGUUCGGCUCCCUUUUUGGAUUUUCUUUUCCGUAUUUUGGGGCAAAGUAAACGGGGGCGGAGUCUGAGGAGUUUGAUUUAAGUGCAUCCCGUUUUUUGUGGUUGACAGCUCACCGAACCCAUUCUCCACUGAUCACCAUGAUUGACUAACCUUUCAGACGGGGAGCCGAGUAGCCUCUUUCAGAUGGCGAUCCUGCAAAAUGACUGCAUCAGAGUCAUAACUGCCUGCAUUUGGUUAACCCGUUCCCUCUUACACAGAACCAAGUCGCACCAAGGUUCAAGUGUGUGUAGAUGUGCGACAGCGGAUUGUGCGAGGACAAGCCCCCCGCCCCCCCUGUCAGGAUGAGUAGCCAAGGAGGAGGAGCCAAAGACCCCCAGGUGACCAAUCACAGCUCUCGGCCGCUUCCGUCUGUGCCGGAGGAGCGCAAGUCCAGAAACAAGAUCAUCUCCAUGUUUGCCUCGGAGAAAGGAGGUAGGAAGAAGGACCGAGACAAGGACAGGCCAGAGAUCUCCUCCCCAUCUGACUUUGAACACACCAUCCAUGUGGGCUUUGACGCCGUCACUGGAGAGUUCACAGGCAUGCCGGAGCAAUGGGCCCGUCUCCUCCAAACCUCCAACAUCAGCAAAUCCGAACAGAAGCAGAAUCCUCAGGCGGUCCUGGACAUCCUCAAGUUCUACGACUCCACGAGUGGGAAGCAGAAGUACCUCAGCUUCUCAGCCUCAGAUAAAGAUUCACCGUCGGGUAAGCAGGGCACGGCCGUCUCCUCGCAGGACGGCAAAGACGGCGACGACGACGACGACGAUGACGACGCGCCGCCGCCCGUCGUGGCGCCCAGGCCGGAACACACCAAGUCGGUUUACACGCGGUCGGUGAUUGACCCUUUCCCGCCUCCGGAGGGCGACGUGGCCUCCAAGGCGGCCGACAGGCAGAAGAAGAAAGGAGGCAAGAUGACAGAUGAGGAGAUCAUGGAGAAACUCAGAACUAUUGUUAGCAUCGGCGAUCCCAAGAAGAAAUACACUCGAUAUGAGAAGAUCGGACAAGGGGCAUCCGGAACCGUCUACACGGCCAUAGAUGUUGCCACGGGGCAGGAGGUGGCCAUCAAGCAGAUCAACUUGCAGAAGCAGCCCAAGAAAGAACUUAUCAUCAACGAGAUCCUGGUCAUGAAGGAAAUGAAGAAUCCCAACAUUGUCAACUUUGUAGAUAGUUUCCUGGUGGGCGAGGAGCUGUUUGUGGUGAUGGAGUACCUGGCGGGCGGCUCGCUGACCGAUGUGGUGACGGAGACGUGCAUGGACGAGGCCCAGAUCGCAGCCGUAUGCAGAGAGGUCCUGCAGGCUCUGGAGUUCCUUCACGCCAAUCAGGUCAUCCAUCGAGACAUCAAGAGCGACAACGUACUGCUGGGAAUGGACGGAUCGGUCAAACUCACCGACUUUGGCUUCUGUGCUCAGAUCACACCGGAGCAGAGCAAGCGCAGCACCAUGGUGGGCACGCCGUACUGGAUGGCUCCAGAAGUGGUCACCAGGAAGGCCUACGGGCCUAAAGUGGACAUUUGGUCUCUGGGCAUCAUGGCCAUCGAGAUGGUGGAGGGAGAGCCCCCCUAUCUCAACGAAAACCCUCUCAGGGCGUUGUAUUUAAUCGCCACCAAUGGCACUCCCGAGCUGCAGAGUCCAGAAAAGCUGUCCCCCGUCUUCAGAUCCUUCCUGUCGCGAUGCUUGGAGAUGGACGUGGAGAAGCGAGGGUCGGGCCGAGAACUGCUGCAGCAUCCUUUCCUGAAGCUGGCCAAGCCUCUGUCGAGCCUGACUCCUCUCAUUCUGGCUGCCAAGGAGGCCAUGAGGAGCAACCGCUGAGUACAGAAAAAUCACACCUAAAAAACCCAGAGACAGUUUUGGUUUGUUUUUUUUUUUCCACUUUUGUGCCUUCUUUACACAGUCUUCCUCGACUUUUGGCUUUGACAUAACAGCAGACAGUAUCGCAUCCGUGGGGUGGCAAUUUGACUAAUAUGCCCGCUUAAAAUAAGAGGAAUUUUAAAAUGGGGGGAAAAAAAGCCCCAAAAGAUUGAAUACGCAAAUAAAUCAUACGGAUGAUACACUUUUUUGGUUGUUUGCAUCAUACAUUUUCAUGAAUGUAAAUAUGUCUUAGACCCCAGUUUUAAACCCAAGAGUCCUGCUCUGGUGCUAAAUUAAACUAUCCAAAUAAGCCUUUUUUUUGGGGGGGGGGGGGGGGGGCUUUUUAUUUUUUACUGCUUUGUUUCUGUUUUUGUUUUUCCAAAUCAUAAAAUCUAUGCAAACACAUUCAUGCAUACUACCAACAACAAAAAACAUGUUUGCCCUCAUUAUUUUCCUGCUCAAUGUUCGGUUUUAAUUACAAUUUGUCCUUGAGCCCUUGUGUAUGUGUGUGAGAGACUAAAGUUUGUGUUAUGCAAUAACAGCCUUUAAUUUAUUUUUUUAUUUUUGUAACUAACAAGAAAUCUCCUUGUCCCCAAAUACUGACAACAGUAUUUUCCAUUGUUUUGAUUCAAAUUGAUCCCCCAAAAUACCUCAAUUCCUUGUCAGUUUAGAUAAUCACUGGUAAGCUUUUAACAUGUAUUUAAAAUGUUCUCUUUGCAUAAUGCAUAAAGGUGACACGCUGUUUUUAUGUGGGCACGGUCCAGAGUGGACUGAUGGAGGAAUUUUUAUAAUUUAAAACAAAUUUUGACAUGCAACAAGUGGAAUAAAACAGUUGGUAAAUUAUGUGUAAA